GAAGCACACCCACUCCUCAAGUAAGCGUGCCCAACCUUCCCAGGAAUAUGCCUCCACUGUGCGGCGAGCAGUCCAGUCCGGGAAUGUCAACCUGAAGGACAGGCUCACCAUUGAGCUGCAUGCGGAUGGGCGCCACGGGAUUGUCCGUGUGGACCGGGUGCCACUGGCAGCCAAGCUGGUGGAUCUGCCCUGCAUCAUUGAGAGCUUAAAAACCAUUGACAAGAAAACCUUCUACAAGACAGCAGAUAUUUGUCAGAUGCUUGUUUGCACUGUGGAUGGUGACCUCUACCCACCUUUGGAAGAGCAAACUGUGAGCACUGACCCCAAGGCAAACAAGAAGAAGGACAAGGACAGAGAGAAGAAAUUCAUAUGGAACCAUGGCAUCACUCUUCCCCUGAAAAACGUACGGAAAAGGCGAUUUCGGAAGACAGCUAAGAAGAAGUAUAUUGAGUCUCCUGAUGUGGAAAAAGAGGUGAAGCGUCUCCUGAGCACAGAUGCCGAAGCUGUCAGUGUCCGCUGGGAAGUCAUUGCUGAAGAUGAAACAAAAGAAGUAGACAACCAUGGUUCGCUCACCAGCCUGGACAUCUCCUCCCCAGGGAUGUCAGGACACAAGCAAGGCCAUGGCUCCUCAGAACAUGAUGAACUACGGGAGAUAUUUAAUGAUAUCAGCAGCAGCAGCGAGGAUGAAGAUGAGAGGGAUCAUCAUGAUGAUGAAGACCUGAACAUCAUGGACACUGAGGAAGACUUGGAGAGACAGCUGCAGGACAAGCUGAAUGAGUCUGAUGGGCAGCAGCAGGAGAAUGAGGGGUCCAACCAGAUUGCCAUGGGCAUCCAGAAACAGAUUGACAACCUGAAAAGUAAGCUUCAGGAGACUCAAGACAGGAGAAAGCGCCAAGAGGAUCUUAUCAUGAAAGUGGAGAACUUAGCCCUCAAGACCCGUCUCCAGGCCGUGCUGGAUGAGUUCAAGCAGCAGGAAGAGCGAGAGAAGCAGCAGAUGGCAUCCCUGCAGGAGCAGCUGGAAUCCCUCAUGGAGAAGUGA